UCAGCCGCGCUGCAGCCUAACGAGUGGCUAACUGUGGCGAGUCCAGUUUGUUAGCCUCGCCCCAUUGCCCAUUAAGAAAGUGGGAGUAGCAAUACAGGGAGGUGUGCUGUGUAGUGUGUGUAGGCUAUAGCGGCCCUAGAGUUCUUUGUAAUGGGGAAGAGAGAAUGUAGGCGCUGGGCGAGGGCGAGGGCUUGGAGGAGGCGGCGAUGAGCGCGAUCGAGGCGCGGGAUCGAGGCGGCGCUGCUCCAGGUGCGUGAGGCGCGGUGUGGAAUCCGGCUGCGCGGCCGCGGCAUCGAGAAUCUCCGCCCAGGGUCUGGAUUUAGGUCAUCGAGGACUGUGCGCGAGAAUGCGGCAACGCUCGCGGCAGCUGGGGAAGGAAUGUAGGAGUGGCGGUGAGCUCUAGUGUCGAGGCAGGGAGGAGCGAGAAAUGGGGUGUGCGUGCACCAAGGAGAAUCCUCAAGAGGAGUCGGAGAGCCCCAAGGUUGUGACCAGGGCCAGCAAGCGGGUGAAUGGAUCGGCGAGGACCGAGGCUGCGGUGGCGAAUGGGAUUGUGGAGAAGGAGAGCAAGGAGAGGCCGAGAGGUAGGAAGCAGCAGCAGCAAAAUGGGACUGUGGGACUACAUGGGGAUGUGGUGGAGAGGAGGAGAAUGCCGGAGCCCAACCCCCGGCUCAGCAAUCCCGUCAAGCACAUAGAGGGCGAGCAAGUCGCUGCUGGAUGGCCUGGGUGGCUCUCGGCGGUGGCGAGUGAGGCCAUCCGAGGUUGGAUUCCCCGACGAGCAGAUUCGUUUGAGAAACUAGACAAAAUUGGCCAAGGCACGUACAGUAAUGUCUACAAGGCACGCGACUUAGAUAACGGACAAAUUGUGGCGCUCAAAAAGGUCCGUUUUGAUAAUCUCGAGCCAGAAAGCGUCAAGUUUAUGGCCAGAGAGAUCCAAGUUCUCAGACGAUUGAACCACCCCAACGUGAUCAAGCUUGAGGGUCUCGUCACGUCCAGGAUGUCCUUCAGCCUCUAUCUCGUGUUCGAGUACAUGGAGCACGACCUUGCCGGGCUUGCUGCGUGUCCAGGCAUCACGUUUACAGAGCCGCAGGUGAAAUGCUACAUGCAGCAGCUGAUUCGUGGUCUGGAUCACUGCCAUACUCGGGGAGUAUUGCACAGGGAUAUAAAAGGAUCAAACCUUCUCCUGGACAACUCUGGGAUUCUAAAAAUCGCUGACUUUGGCCUCGCCACUUUUUUUCAUCCCGACCAGAGGCAAGCAUUGACAAGUCGGGUUGUGACUCUUUGGUACCGGCCUCCAGAAUUGUUGCUUGGAGCAACGGAGUAUGGGGCUGCUGUUGACCUUUGGAGCACCGGCUGCAUUCUUGCCGAACUGCUUGCGGGCAAGCCGAUAAUGCCUGGUCGUACAGAGGUCGAACAGCUGCAUAAAAUAUUCAAAUUGUGUGGCUCUCCUGCGGAAGAGUAUUGGAAGAAGUGGAAGUUGCCACACGCCAUUAUUUUUAAGCCGCAGCAGCCUUACAAGCGUUGCAUUGCGGAAACGUUCAAAGAUUUUCCCGCUUCUGCAUUGGCGCUUCUAGACACCCUUCUUGCUAUCGAGCCUGCGGAUCGACAAACUGCAGCGGCAGCCUUGGAGAGUGACUUCUUCACAAAGAAGCCGUAUGCAUGUGAACCUUCAAGCUUACCACAGUAUCCUCCAAGUAAAGAGCUGGAUGCCAAAUAUCGCGAUGAAGAGGCUCGCAGGCAAAGGGCUGGCAGGCAUGCCGGCUCGGAUGCCAGACGAGGUUCCAGGGAGCGGAGUAGCAAGGCGGUUCCGGCGCCAGAUGCAAAUGCAGAGUUACCAAGCUCAUUGCAGAAACGCCGUAUUCAUUCUCACUCUGCAAAGAGUAAAAGUGAAAAGUUCCUUCCAGCAAAUGAGGACCCAGCAAUUGGUUUUCCGAUAGAUCCACCAAGACAAUCAGAUGUAAAAGGUGCAUCGCCGGUCGGUCGUCUCCCUCCUGCUUCCUCGCGGUCCGGCCCAAUGACGAGGAAACAAAAGGAGGAUGACGUGAGAAUGGCCCCUCCCAGAAUGAUGACGCGGACGUCGAAGACGGUCACUGACUUUAAUGCUCCCGCCCAGCCAGCCGACUUGUCGAGCUACUCGAGCUUGGUCGCUGCACGGCAUGGUGAACGAAGGGAAAGGCGAGAAAGCAGGCACAGGGAGAAAGAAAAAGAAGGCAACAGCGGCUCCGCAAAGCCGAGUCUUUCGAAUGGUAAGGCUGAGAACGUAGAGAAACCGGCCGAGACAUCCAAGCCUGUGGAAGAUUUGCAAAAGGAGUCGUCGUAUCUCAAGGAGCAAACUAGUUUGGAAGCUCAAAGAACAGACGGUCUUCCUGCUCUGGCACACGAGAACCGGAUGUACCACUCGGGUCCCUUGCUCCGCCCAGGCUACUCCGGAAACGCCAUAGACGAGUUUCUAGAGGACCACGAGAGGCGGCUCCAGCAAGCAGCGAGACGAGCGGUACAGGCGGAGCAAAACGCGAAGGCAGCGGAUAAGUGACGACCACUAUACCACAAGAUAACUCAGUAUACUCCUACGCCAGGACUACUCACGCAGGUUGGGUCUCGGAUUUUCAUUCUCUCGCUUGGUUUGGUCGUACUAAAAUGAGAGCUUGGGUGAUAGAUCCAUCUAUCCAGGACCAGAACACACUAAAUAGAGAAGUGAACAAAGAGAAAAAAGAGGGGGCCAUUCUUUUUCUUAAUCUGUUCAAACUCAUCAGUUUUUACAUAAGAGAGAACCAUUUUUCUC